ACAUACUCCUUCCCUUUGUAGGCUUCCCACUUUGUACUCAAAUCCUUCACCUGUGUCUUUGAGGAGCAAGGAAUUUAACCCUAGGUUAUCUAUACGCUUGUCAGUCAACGCGAAGAGAACACAGUUUAUCUUCCGGGGAAACAUCAGUCCUUGUAUGUAAAGAGUGUCUCUGGGUGCUGCAACUAAGCUUAGAAUGUUACUUGACUUGUGAUUCUGAUGGAGGAAUAACCAGAUCUCAGGCUGCUGCACUGGAAGACUUCAAAGGAAAUACAAAAUGUCAUCUAAUAGGAGUCAGAAUCCGCAUGGACUUAAACAGAUUGGUCUUGACCAGAUAUGGGAUGACCUAAGAGCUGGAAUUCAACAGGUUUACACCAGACAAAGUAUGGCAAAGUCCAGAUACAUGGAACUCUACACUCAUGUUUAUAACUACUGUACUAGUGUACACCAGUCAAACCAAGCACGAGGAGCAGGAGUACCCCCUUCUAAAUCGAAAAAGGGCCAGACACCUGGAGGUGCUCAGUUUGUUGGCUUGGAAUUGUACAAACGGCUAAAAGAAUUUCUGAAGAACUACUUGACAAAUCUCCUUAAGGAUGGUGAAGAUUUGAUGGAUGAGAGUGUGCUGAAAUUCUACACUCAACAGUGGGAAGAUUAUAGGUUUUCAAGCAAAGUAUUGAAUGGGAUAUGUGCCUACCUCAAUCGACAUUGGGUGCGUCGUGAGUGCGAUGAAGGUCGUAAAGGAAUUUAUGAAAUUUAUUCGCUGGCCUUGGUGACCUGGAGAGAUUGCUUAUUCAGGCCACUAAAUAAGCAGGUAACAAAUGCUGUGUUGAAAUUGAUUGAAAAGGAAAGAAAUGGUGAAACUAUCAACACAAGACUGAUCAGUGGAGUUGUACAAUCUUACGUGGAGCUAGGGCUGAAUGAAGAUGAUGCAUUUGCAAAAGGACCUACAUUAACUGUCUAUAAAGAAUCCUUUGAAUCUCAGUUUCUUGCUGAUACAGAGAGAUUUUAUACACGAGAAAGUACUGAAUUCUUGCAACAGAACCCAGUUACAGAGUACAUGAAGAAGGCUGAAGCUCGCCUUCUUGAGGAACAGCGUAGAGUUCAGGUAUAUCUCCAUGAGAGCACACAAGAUGAAUUAGCACGAAAAUGUGAGCAAGUUCUUAUUGAAAAACACCUGGAGAUAUUUCAUACAGAGUUUCAGAACUUGUUGGAUGCUGACAAAAAUGAAGACUUGGGACGCAUGUAUAACCUUGUAUCUCGAAUCCAGGAUGGCCUUGGAGAGCUGAAGAAACUUUUAGAAACCCAUAUUCAUAAUCAGGGUCUAGCUGCAAUUGAGAAAUGUGGAGAAGCUGCUCUAAAUGAUCCAAAAAUGUAUGUACAGACAGUGUUGGAUGUCCAUAAGAAAUACAAUGCUUUAGUCAUGUCUGCAUUCAACAAUGAUGCUGGCUUUGUGGCUGCACUAGACAAGGCUUGUGGUCGAUUUAUAAAUAAUAAUGCAGUGACAAAAAUGGCUCAAUCAUCCAGUAAAUCCCCAGAGCUACUGGCACGAUACUGUGACUCUUUACUAAAGAAAAGCUCAAAGAAUCCAGAAGAAGCAGAAUUGGAAGAUACACUCAAUCAAGUGAUGGUUGUCUUCAAGUAUAUUGAGGAUAAAGAUGUGUUUCAAAAAUUUUAUGCUAAAAUGCUGGCAAAAAGACUUGUACACCAGAACAGUGCUAGUGAUGAUGCUGAGGCAAGCAUGAUCUCUAAACUAAAACAAGCUUGUGGUUUUGAGUAUACCUCCAAGCUGCAGCGGAUGUUCCAAGAUAUUGGUGUAAGCAAGGACUUGAAUGAGCAAUUUAAAAAGCACCUGACCAAUUCAGAACCAUUAGAUUUGGAUUUCAGCAUCCAGGUGCUGAGUUCUGGAUCGUGGCCGUUCCAGCAGUCCUGCACGUUUGCUCUGCCGUCUGAGUUAGAACGGAGCUACCAGAGAUUUACUGCAUUUUAUGCCAGUCGUCAUAGUGGAAGAAAAUUAACAUGGUUGUAUCAGCUGUCCAAAGGGGAACUGGUUACCAACUGUUUCAAAAAUAGAUACACGUUACAGGCAUCCACAUUCCAGAUGGCGAUUUUACUGCAGUACAACACAGAAGAUGCCUACACUGUGCAGCAGCUGACGGACAGUACCCAAAUAAAAAUGGAUAUCUUGGCACAAGUUCUACAGAUACUGUUAAAAUCUAAAUUGCUUGUUUUGGAAGAUGAAAAUGCAAAUGUUGAUGAGGUGGAGUUAAAGCCAGAUACCUUAAUAAAACUGUAUCUUGGUUAUAAAAAUAAAAAAUUAAGAGUAAACAUCAAUGUGCCAAUGAAGACUGAACAGAAGCAGGAGCAAGAAACUACACACAAAAACAUAGAGGAAGAUAGGAAACUACUGAUUCAGGCUGCUAUUGUGAGAAUCAUGAAAAUGAGGAAGGUUCUAAAACACCAGCAACUGCUUGGAGAAGUGCUAACACAGCUGUCCUCAAGGUUCAAGCCACGAGUUCCAGUAAUUAAGAAAUGCAUUGACAUUCUGAUUGAGAAGGAGUACUUGGAACGUGUAGAUGGUGAGAAGGACACCUACAGUUACUUGGCUUAACAUUUUUAUUAGCAAUUACUUGACUGUGUGACACUCGGCAAAUAGGUAUGUGAUGGAAAGAAUGAAAGCAACAGAACUUCAUAGCAGCCACCCUGCUGCCAUUUGGACCUCCCUUUUUAAUAACUGAGACCAGGACUCCCAUCGGCCAGUCUCAGAUUUACAUCAGAACUGCUCAGGAUUGAUACAUUUCAAGUAUGUAAAUAUGGACACCAAUGCCAUUUAACCUAAUUUAAGAACAGAAAGGAAUCAAACCCUUCUCCUUUAAGGGUUGCAUGCUACUGCAUUUAAAUCAAUACAUUGGCUAUAUGAUAAACAGCUGCCAUCACAGGCAGCACUUAUAAAUGUUGGCAGCACUUUGAGAGCGAGUCUGAAUGGACCCAUGUGUAAUCUGCUAUGAAAAACCAUUUGUAUAGUGUGUUUCAUUUUUUAAUGUGUGAUAAAUAAAAUGAAAAAUUAAAAGAUUUCUGUACAAGUUGCAUUUGGUUUUGUUGUUUUAAGUUUCAUGCUUUAUCUUUCUAAAUGUAAAUAAAAAGGUAUAAU